AUGUCAUCAAAUCGUUCAAUUCCAUUUCUCAAGAAUGUAGGGAGAAUUGAUUCUUUUACAGUGUCGAAAGCUCGUGUCUCAUCAAAGAUCACUGGUGAUAAUUUGUCUGGAGUUCAAAAACUCGCCGCAAAUUUCGCUGAAUUAAGACAGCAGCCUUUGAAAGAUGAUAAAUUGCGACAAACCAACGACAAUCUCAAAGAUGAUGAAUGUAAUGCCAUCCCGCUAGUUUUAGUCGAAGGAUUUAUGGGACCAGCUCGUCCAAAGUUAUAUUGGGGACCAUUGGAAGAUAUUUUGUAUGAAAAUCAAAUAAAUUCAAAUAAUAAUGAUCGUGUUCGUCGUCGACGUAAAUGCAUAUUUGUGUCCCCUGGACCUGGAAAUUCUUUGCACGAUCGAGCAGUCGAAGUAUUUUAUCAAUUGAAAGGAGGAAAAGAAGAACAUUCUAAAAAAUUCGGUCAUGCUCGCUAUGGGCGAGAAUUUAAAGGUUUAUAUCCCGAAUGGAGUGUAAACAAACCAUUACAUUUCUUGGGUCAUUCUAUGGGUGGUUUGACUAUAUGGAAAAUACAACAAUUGCUAAAUAGUAACUUUUUCCCAGCUCAACAUAAUCCACACCCAGACAUGAUACUUUCUCUAACUACCCUCUCGACUCCAUUCAAAGGAUCACCAGCACUGUACAAUCUCGGACAGCAACCAGACACAACCGGUCUAGUUGUACCUUAUUCGUUCGGCUAUUGGCUUGCUAUGUUUGUACAGGCGUACGAUUAUGUGGAUAUCAAAUGGUUAAAGAAAAACGUAUUUGAUUUCCAACUUGACCAUUGGAAAUAUUUAUCCACAACCAACAGUAGCAAUGAAAAAGGAUUUAGUCUUUUAAAAGGCUCUUCUAUGUUCAAGGGUAGAGAUCAUGGUCCGUAUGAUUUAUCAGUGCAUGGAAUGAAGGAGUUGAAUGCGAAAAGUCGUACUUUUCCAAAUACUUUUUAUCGAACGUAUGUUGCCUCGAUGACUUCUCUAGAUGAAAAAACAGGAUUCCAUAAACCGAAAUUUACCAUGAUACUACCAUUAUAUUAUCUAUCAAAAUUAAUUGGAUCCUUCAGAUUUCCCGAAGAUGCAAUCGAUAUACCCAUAAAAAACGAUGAACUUUCACAAUGGUUUGAGAAUGACGGAUUGUGUCCUGUUAUUUCACAAUACCACCCGGAGCGAUGCUCACCAACAUAUUGUACACAUCAUCAAGGAUUGCCCGAAGUCAAUAACAACGCCAACAUAAGUCAGUUUUGUCGCCCAGGGGUUUGGGAUGUUUGGAUGAUACCGGGUACAACAACACAUCUCGGUGUAGUUCCAGUCUUGAAACUGACGAAGAAACAAGAACAAUUUUUUAUGGGUGUGAAAGAAUAUUUAAAUGUGUUGGAUGAAAUGUAUUUGAAGUCUUUGGAAUUCGACAUAUAA